GGAUCAGUCGAGGAAGAGAAUUGCCCUUUGUAUGUGUGUAUUAGGGCUGGCUCACCAAUCGUCAGGACAUAGACGUCCAUGUACCAUUCGACACGCUUCAAAGCAGUGGUUGUACUUAUAGUGUUUGAUUGAAAGGUGGACAUAGUUGGCAGAGCUUGUUAUGUAUCCUUGGUUUAAGUAGGGUAAUCCUUCACUUCACCAUGGAUUUAGGUCCCAAUCCGUCAAAGGGGACCAGCAUACGCACGUCCCCCGGGUCAAGUAAGUCACGCCGUACUUCCCGCAGUCGAAGCGAAAGUGAAGCGUCGAACUCCCCUCUCGAGAGACGGAAGGAGAAGUACAGGGUCAAAGAUGACGAGGAUGUAGGGCCCAGUGGCUCUCCUGGGCCACAAAAAGGGGCUGAGUUUGAAGGCCUGUGCUUAGGCCCGGGUGCAUAUGACAACUUAACUUUCAAAGAUGAUAAUGGACAACUGGAAUUAACCAAAAUUCGGGCAAAAGACCAACGAGCGAGAAUGAAUUCUAAAACAAAAGUGUUACAUAAAAGUCAUGAACGAUUAAUUGCGAAGGAACAUAGUGAGGUAAAUGGCCACGGCAACAUUUACGAGAAAGCCUCUCGUUCUCAUGGAAAAUCACACGCGUCGAAUGUUUCGCCAAAUAAAGCACCGUCAACGACCAGAACAUCGACAAUGCCUUCCCCAUCGACACCGCCUUGUCCAUCUACGACAAGGGCAUCGCCGACACUUUCUCCAUCCUUGAAGUCAAAACCACAUUCCACGUCAUCCAACAGUAAACACGCUGUAAAUGGUGACACAGAAACCAAUGGAGCCCCACCAAACUCCCCAGGAGGAGUAGUUCCUGACACGCCGAGAACCAUUCAAAUCCCAGGAGAUGGAAAUAUUCAGAAUUUCUCGGCAGAUGAGAUGACCGUGUUCUUCCGAUGCAUGAAAAUUGACGAACUAAUCAUACAACGUUUGAGACGUAAGAAAAUGGACGGUAAAAGAUUCGCUCGUCUUAAAGAUACGGACCUGGAAGAAAUCGGAAUAAAAAAUCCUGUUAUUUCGUACUUCCGAGACAGAAGCAAGAGACAGCGAAUGGGAUUUAUGUUAUGACCUUGCGGAGGGAUAUAUAUUUUUGUGCUGAACGACAUACAUAAUACAGUAUCAUACGUCAUCAUCACACUUAACAGUGUGUUACUGUUGGAGAAUAAUUCACACAUUAAAAGUACAUGCAGUAGAUAUGAGCGGAUGUAUGAAUGUUUAUUAAGGAAUGGCUGUGAAUA